AUGAUUUUCCUGCUGCUUGUCCCUGGAUGCCUGGCCGUUCUCCUCCUCUUCUUGGUCGUGGAGCACGUCGCGAUCUAUCUCUGGGAUUCCAAAGGACUUCGGAGGUAUCAUAAUCUCAACUUCCUUUGCGGCAUCACCAACCUAGGGUACAUUAUUCAUCUUUGGCGUGGAGAUGCGUUCCGAACGCGUGAGCUGAUGGCAGCACACCGCCAGCAUAAGGUCGUCCGCCUGGGUCCAAACGCUCUUUCCUUCGCAGACUUGCGAGCGAUCAGAGACAUCUACGGACACGGCACCCUCUGCUCCAAAGGCGACAUGUACUCCACACCUGCUGGUGAGCACCGGAGCAUUCUGGACAGCGUGGACAAGCAAGAGCAUGCAGCAAAACGGAGGCGCUUGGCUGCUGCAUUCGCAACCAAGCAUCUCGAGGCGUGGGAAUGGAAAAUCGUCGACAAGUGUGAGAGGCUCGUGGCACAAUUGGAUCGUUUUUGUGUCCCCAGCCUCGAGAAGAGUAAUGCUGACACCACCGUGGUCGACUUGCGGAAGUGGACGAAUCUCUUCACGGUCGAAGCCAUUGCAGAUAUUGCUCUGAGCGAGCACCUUGGGAUGCUCGAGGCUGGCCACGACAAGGUCCUAGCACUGGAAAAGAACGGGAUGACUCGUGAAGUGAGCUUUAUCGCCAGCCUCCACGGGCUAGGGCGAUCAAUAGCCCCGAUCGUAUGGUCGAGCCGGGCGUAUGGUCUCUUGAAAAGGGUUGUUCCGUUGUUCUCACGGAAGUUCCAACAAGAGCAGGAUAACAACACUAGCUACGACGCCAUUGUGCGCCGGCUCGUGCAGAAUCGCUUGCGGAGACAGAUCGAGGGGGAAGAACUGGAUGACUUCUUCGCCUCCCUCUGGCAUGACAAGCAGGGGAAUGCGACGAACUUGCCAGUCGGUGAGAUCGAGGCCGAGGUCAGCGUAUUCAUGAAUGCCGGGUCCGACACUACCGCCAUAGCGUUGACGCAUGUCCUGUACUAUCUCCUCAAGAACCCCGACAAGCUCGAAAAACUGCGAAAAGAGCUGGAUCAUUACCUGAUACAGAGAGAGGCCAUAGCCCCUUCCUACGGCGCGGUCAAGGAUCUACCAUAUCUCCGCGCCUGCCUUGACGAGUCCCUACGCCUGUCGCCGCCUGUGGCUUUUGGUCUGGAGCGCAAGACGCCCGCCGAAGGGACCACGGUCGCCGGCCAGUGGAUCGCCGGCGACACCCUGGUCUCUGUGCCGGCGUACGUGGCGCACCGGGAUCCCGUCGCGUUUCCCGAGCCCGAAAAGUUCGUGCCGGAACGAUGGCUCGCGGACGAGGCGAAGGAGAUCCAGAAGUACUUCAUCUCAUUCAGCGCCGGGGCGCGAGGCUGCAUCGGCAGGAACAUCACCUACAUGGAGCAGUUCAUGCUCGUAGCGACACUGAUGCGUCGGUACGAUUUCGCCUUGCCGCACAGGGACUGGGAGUUGACGUGGGAAGAGCGUUUCAAUCUCUGGCCACGCGCCUUGCCGCUGAGGAUAUCACAACCCGGGUUCAGUUCCCAGCGUCAGGAGCCCUCGAGUUUGUAUUCUGAGUCGUUGAAUGUGUCGCGCGACAACACGGCGGCUGAUACUAGAGGAAAUAGCCUGGCAUGCAACCCUGCACCCUGGGGCACUACAGCGUUAGACGAGAUCUUGCUACCAGCGUCCGACAAGCUGAAGUUUGUCUCUGCAAAGCAGACCGAGUUGCCUGUCCCCAGCGCUGGUUUACCUCUCCUGGCUGCGUCGAUCACGCCACGCACGGCCUUCCUGUUGAGAACCUAUGAAACGGGGAUAGCGACAUGGAUGGAUGUUUUCGACUGCUCUUUGUCAUACCAACAGGGUCUCUUGCAAUUAGUACCCCAGUCGCCACUAUUACUCAACUCCACCUGUGCGCUUGCGGCCCGUCAGCUCAGCCUGAUCACGGAUCCGCAGACGUGGACCCCGGUGGCAGAGCAGCAUUACGGAGAGAGUCUGAGCAUGUUGAGGUCGACACUCGAGAAAGCUUCCAUGAACGCCGAGCAUGCCCUGGUGGCAACCAUUUUGCUGAGCAGCUAUGAGUUGCUAGCUUUCCCGGGUCUCAACUAUCACCGUCAUUUCCGGGGCGCCAAGUCGUUCGUGGAAGCCCUGGAAGCGUACAAGUCCCCGAAGCGUAUGACGCGUGCAUCGUUUUGGAUCUAUGCCCGCCACGAGGUUGGACAAGCGCUAAACUUGGAACGUCCACCCAUGCUGGAUCCCACAAGGUGGCCGAAGCAAGAUCUGCUCCAUACGGAGAACGUCGGCGAAGACGUGUACUGCAAUGACGCUCUAAGGCUAUGUGCCGAAGUCAUCCACCUGAUUUUUGGCUCGCAACCCCUGCGGCGGGGCAAGAAAUGGGUCAACCAAUGGUCAUGCUUGCACGAAGAAUGGGAAAGCUGGAUUCAAGAAGCCCCCAAAAUCUUGCUGGGGCAAGAAUAUCUCGACCGAGCGUCCCGCCGCCGGUACUGGUUUCCGAGAUCUUGUUUCGCUUCGGCCCUGUGCUUCUAUCACGUGUGUCAGGUCUUUCUGCUCACACACCGUCCCCAGGCGCUCCCGACAACGUCUAGGCAGACUUCCGGCGUAGUUCUCGAGCAGCAGAUACAGCAACACGCUCAAACCGUCAUCGAUGUUGCCCUGUCAGACAUGCCUGAUGGUGUGCAGGUCGUCAUGAUGCAGCCAGUCUUUCAUGCUGCAAAACACGUCCAGGAUGUUACCCGAAGGAACGAGGCCAUCAUUCUCCUAACAGAUAUUCAGAGAAGGACUGGGUUUCAUACGGAGUUCAAGGUUGAUAUACUCAAAGCCAUACCGAGCUCUUCGUAG